AUGAGCCACAGAUCACCCUCAGAUGAGCCCGGGGAAGAAUCAUUUCGUCACCCUGCACAGGAAUGGCUUGAAGAAGACGAUGAACUAGACAUGGAUUACCACUCAGCCUUGGAAGGACAGACCGAGGAGGAUGAGGAGGACGAAGAUUGGGAAGACGAUGAUGACGGGAUGGGCCUCGGCAUUGCAGAUGAAAACCCACGUAUCAAUAUCGGGAGCAUCCAGAUCGAGUUAACGGCAGACGACCCACCGGAAGGCGAGGAAACGGAUAAUGCGGGCCGUCGUCGACACGUUCCAGCCUCACGAUUAAUCGAAUUGCUCGCAUCUAGCGGCCUGCGGCAUAUUCUCCACUCCAACGGAUUCACAACAACAAAUUUAUCCGAGAACUUCGAGGUCGACGAUGAGGAUGAGGAUGACGAUGACUUUGAUUAUCCAGGUCCACUCAGACAACGACUACGGCAUUGGCGGGCUGGGCGAACCGAUCAGUUCCCGAAAGUGCCUAGCGACGAGGGCACCGAACUAAUGGGUGAGGGCCACUUCGGAACAGAUCCGCACUACGUGGAUCGCAUCAAGAAACGCAAGAAGGUGCUUGCAACACACCUCAUGUGGAGAGAGCUUGGUAUUGACCCUUAUGGAGUGCGCAAGAGGGCGAAUAGGUCACUUUCUCAGCACAUGAUCCCUGGCUCUGCGGCAGAUAAGAUCAUCCAUUAUGACUCCAGAAGCUACUCGGGCCAGUUCUCAGACGAUGGAAAUUUCUUUUUCUGUUGUGCACAGGACUUCAAAGUCCGGAUGUAUGACACGUCUAACCCGUAUGAGUGGAAAUAUUACAAGACUGUCGACUAUCCGUUUGGCCAGUGGACUAUCACUGAUGCUACACUAAGUCCUGAUAAUCACCACCUAGUCUAUAGUUCAAUACGCAGUCAGGCCUACCUGGCGUCGACAGACCCAGACGAUGAUUCCGAUCCAACUGUCCUGGACUUCUCCCUACCACCUGGUCAGCGACGGCGACGAAGCUGGGGCAGUUCGCAUUUCGGUAUAUGGUCUCUUAGAUUUUCCGGAGAUGGACGUGAAGUGGUUGCAGGCACAUCGGAGAACUCAGUCAUUGUUUAUGAUCUUGAGACUAAACAACCAGUCCUCAACCUUCGUGAUCGCCAUCAAGAUCAUGUCAACGCUGUUUGCUUCGGAGAUACAUCAUCACCACAUAUUCUCUAUUCCGGUUCUGACGACACGACACUGCGAGUCUGGGAUCGACGUUCAAUGGGCGAUGGCCGCGAAGCCGGCGUGUUCAUGGGUCACACCGAGGGUCUAACAUACGUCGAUAGCAAAGGCGACGGCCGAUAUGUUCUUUCCAACGGCAAAGACCAGACUAUGAAACUUUGGGACCUGCGGAAGAUGAUGACAACAGCCAAAUUCGAUACCAUUGAUCCAAACGACUACACAACCGGCUUCGAUUACCGCUUCCAACCAUAUCCGGACGACUACUAUGAGCCGCAUGAGCAUGAUUGUUCGGUUGUCACGUUCCGCGGCCACCGUGUCCUGAAGACGCUCAUUCGUUGCCAUUUCUCGCCACCCGGUAGCACGAACUCACGCUACGUGUACACUGGCAGUGAGGAUGGUAAGAUUUACGUAUACAAUAUGGAUGCCACGCUGGCCGGGACCGUCGAUGUUGCGGCAGCGACGACUAAUUCCAGGCCCCGCGAGCCAGAUGUUUUCGCAACGGCAUAUGAGAUGAGCGGGGAGAUGUUAUGGAGGACAUGCGUUCGGGAUGCAAGUUGGCACCCGAAUGCUCCAGUCCUUGCAGCAACCUCGUGGAAUGGAUGGGGUCUGUCAAGCGGUACCUGUACUGUACAUUCAUGGAAUGACGGCGCAGAAAAUGACGAGGGAGACCCGCCGAUUGGGCAGAGCUACGAUGACAAGCUUCGUGAUGUGCCCGAGUUCAAUCGCUACCGGGAAAAUGCCCCAGCUCCUCGUUCUAGACGACCACUGCGCAGCCGGCCUGUGCACCGAGUUGAUGAGGACGAUGAUGAUGCAUGGUGA